AUGGACUCGAACCUGCAGCAGUGCCCGGGCUGUCAGCAGUUAGUGGAUGCGCAGGAUGUCCACGGCGAAAAGUAUUGCCCCAACUGUGGCGGAGUCUUGAUGGCAGACCUCUGCCGGGCAGACUGGUACGUCGAGAAAAAGGGAGGCUCAGACGGCAGUCAGAAGUUGUCCGUGGUGCAUCAUCCGUAUCAUUUGAUGAAGAUGAAGCAAAUCAGCGCGAAGGUGCACCAGGACUUUCAGAAGCAGUCACGCUGGAGGAAGGCGCUGGCGAACCUGGGAGUGAGCCUGUGCUUGCAGACCACGGUGCAGGAAGCGGCGCUCGUCCUCAUCAACCAGUACAGUAUCCAUGGCUUUACUGGCAGCAAGGCACGGCACAAGCUCUUCGGCGCCGCAUGCCUGCUCAUCGCAGCAGGCAGACAAGGCCUAGGCGUGACCUUGGGCGAAGUCGCGCGUCAUACCGACCUGGAGGCGGGCAAGCUGCAGAAGAUGGUCUGGAGAGUUUGCAAGACCACCGGCGCUCGAAUUCCGAGGACAGAGCAGAAUGCAGAAGCGGCUCUUGCACGUAUCUGCGAUCACUUCAAUGUCAAGCAGAAAGGAGGAGUUUGCGCUUUUGGCGUCAAGCUCGUGGCCAUCUCAAGCCAAGGCUGGAUUUGCACUGGCCGGAAGUGGGCGUUUGUGCUUGCAGCAGCCUUUGUCUUGGCCGCACGGGCAUACUUCUACGAAUUGGACGCCGAAGAUGUGGCCGACUUCCUGUACAUUGGGGUUGGAACGGUGAAGACGCGCAUGCAGGAGAUGAAAGACCUCAUACUCUCUGUAAUGAUGCAUUUGCCGUGGGGCCACAUGAUCACCGCCGACAACUUGCAUGUGUACCUCCCUUUUGCUCUGGAGCAUUGGGAGCUACUCCGGGCCUGCGCCCCACGGCUCCGACGGCAGCAGCUGGACCUGCAAGAGCAACGGCAGCAGGCGUUGAAGCAGCUGGAAGGCGUGGAGGCGGAUUCCGAGAUGCCUCCUACCUCUGCUUCGCCGAGCACCGACCGGUUGGUGAGGGUAGCCAAGCAGGAUGUCGACCCCAGUGUCGAGCACUCAGUUCGCCUGGCAGCUUUGGAUGCCCUCCGGACCGUUGCCGGAGAAGGAAGCCGCCGCCUGAAAGAAGCUGCUUUGCACCUGGUCCUAGACGAAGACGACGUUGUCCAGGAGGCAGCUGCCGAGCUGCUCGAAACCCUUGACCUCACCGACUACCCGGAGAGCAAGGAAGCGGAAACUGCCGAGGAUCGCUGUCAUGGUCUGUAUGCAGAUCUUGGCAUGCAAGAGCAUGCAUUUGCUGGUGCUCCAGGCGGUGAUCAUGCAGACGCUUCCAGGAGAGGGCAUCCUCCACCAGAGGACAUGGGUGGGAGUGGCAACGAUGCAGAGCAAGUAACAAUGACCGAAGAGCAGGCGAAGGAAAUCAUGAUGAGGUAUUUGGAGAGGAUGCGAUGUGGCGAGACAACAGAACGGAGCAAUGCCGGAGAGGACGAAGCAAGCCCAGAGGAAGUUGCUGCCAUUGCUGCCGUCGAGCACCUCCGUCAGUUGCUAGGACCCCAUCUUCGCGAUGUCGAAAGGCUGCGGGCAGGAGGGCGGCAAAUGGGCGUUUUCCUGGACGGCCUUCACGUGACCUUUGUUUGCCCUGGAAGCUUGGCACCGAAAGCUGGCCUGCUUGUGGGCGACACGUUCUGCAGAAUGGAUGACGCGGAGAUCAUGCGACAGGAGGAGCUUGUCCAGGCAUGUUUAGCGGGCGACAGCCUGAAGCGAGUGGUCGUGCAGCGAGACGGGGAGGAGGUAGUGCUGGAGCUCCAGUUCCCGGCUGAGGGAGCUGCAGAUCAACAGGCUUGGAUCACCUUAAACCCUAAAAACCCUAUAAGCCCUAAGCCCUAA